AUGUUCAUUCAAAUACUCUCAUAUACUGGGAUUGUGACAGGGUUCAUCUUGCUAGUCUCGGCAAUAGCGCUGGGCUUGUAUUAUAUCUCCGAGCUCGUUGAGGAACAUACAGAGCCCACCAAACGCGUGCUCAGAAAAUUGAUCUACAUUGAGAUCGCCAUGUUGACCUUGUUGUGGCUUUUCGAUUCUUUUCCGUUCAAGCUAACGAUGUUUCUGAUUUUUUCGCACGUUGUAUAUUUCCAGAAUCUUGUGAAAUUUCCUUAUGUGCAAUUGACUUCGCCGGUGUUUAUUUUCUCUUGCGUGUUGGUGGUGGCUAACCAUUUCUUGUGGUUCAGCCAUUUCCACAACCCGGACAUACCGCCUUUGAGCGAGCGAUUGCGCCCGGAUUAUGUGCCUCCCAGAAUCCCACUGUUUUCUGAGGUUUGCUCAUUUUUUGGGUUAUGUGUGUGGCUCAUACCUUUUGCGUUGUUCGUGUCUUUGAGCGCACACGACAACCUACUUCCCCACCACAUGGAAACCGCCACAGAUGGUCAGGGCAAGAAGAAAAAGACAGGGUUAGCCAAGUGGGUAGUGGAAAAGUUGAGGGACUAUGUUUACGCCUCAAGCAGGUUCCUUGGGUACGAGUUAGAUCCAAAUUACGGCACAAUUAUCUAG